UGUCCCUGGAACCCUGGUAUGCCAAUGGCUCCCUUCUCUGGGAAGCCCCCACCCCUCCCUAGGGUGGCCCCAGUGACCCUGCUCUCGAAGGGCCCACAUUCACACCACAGGGGCUGAGUUGGCACUUCCUGGGGCAGACCUCUGUCUCCAGGGCCCGGCUUCCCCUUCCCGGAAUAUCACGGGCACCCCACGUGCGGGCCUGCACAUUCCUCCUGUAACUGCCAGGAUUCCAGACGGGACAGGGUCUUUGUGAACAGUGAGCUCAUCAAGUGUCCAGUAGGUGGAAUGCUCAAAUUGGACCUUCCUCGUUCCUGAGGAAGCAAAACAUCAGAUGCCGCAGGACAAAGGGAGCCACGGGCUCACGAGCCUGGAUGCCUCUAUUGCCAGCACACAGAAUAAUCUGCUGCCUCAGCAAAUCAGUUCUUGCAUGAUUACAAAAAGGCAGAAGGUGACAAAUUUUCUGCAAAGAGUAAGCAUCUCAGGCUUUGCAGCUACAUGGUCUCGCUCACAAUGACUCAACAUUGUAAGGAAAAGCAGCCUUAGACACAUUAAAUACAUGAGUGUGGCUAUGCCCCAGAAAGCUUCAUUCACACGCAGGCAGCAGGAGAGACUUGCCCCACACAUUGCAGUUUGCAGACUCCUGUUUCAAAGUUUUCCUGUGCAAAAUAAAAGCUCAAAAUACACCAUAACCUCAAAGUCUUCAUUGACGGCAUGAGAUAAAAUGGAAUAAAAGGAUACAGUACUCUGAGUUGAUUCUGAGGUGCCCUAUGCACAGUGAUGACCUGGAGAAACAAUGUGAACACCAUGGAAAGGCAAACUAGAACAUCCUGUUUACAGAAGGGGGAACUGGCUUCAAAGCCAAACUAAUUUAUGGAAGAAAAUAGCACAGGAAAGCGUGCACCAGGAUAAUAAGAUGUUGGGGAAUCACAGUAGCAACAACCAUAAGGAAGUCAACAGUUGUGCUUCUUUACUGCUGGGACGCCCACAGUCUGGGUAUAAAAGCUGCUGAAGGAGUCAGAGAACAGACAUCUCCAGCUCUCCUCCCAACACCAGCCAGCCCCACACCACCAUGUGCCACACCAGCUACUCCUCAGGCUGCCAGGCUGCCUGCGUGCCCAGCUCCUGCCAGCCAUCCUGCAGCACGUCAAGCCCCUGCCAACCAACCUACUUCACGUCCAGCCCCUGCCAGGCGACCUGUGUGCCCGUGAGUUACAGGCCAGCCAUACGCCUGCCAGUGACCUACGCUGGAAGACCCACCCUGUGUGUGACUCCUUCCUCCCAGUCCUCUGUGUUCCUGCCUGUGAGCUACAGGCCGGCUGUGUAUGUGGCCCCCUCCUGCCAGUCCUCAGGGUGCUACCAGCCCUCCCGCCCCACGCUGGUCUGCAGACCCGUCUCCUGUAGCACCCCUUCCUGCUUGUGAUCACGAGCCUCCUCCCAGAUGCUCCCAGUACAGACCGGAUCACCCCUAUAUCCCUCCCAGCACGAGUCCUCAGGGGGCCUCCAGGUCUGAAUGUGGCAGAUGAAAAGUAUGAUCGACCAACCUCUGAACCUGGGUGAGAACGUGGCAGGAUGAUAUGGUCCCUUCUGUGAACUGGUGCAUCUGCCCCUACCCAGAGGAAGCCCUGGUUCCCAGGGUCCUUCUCUGUCUUCAGCAGGAAACCACACCCCACGUGGG